AUGGCCGACAGCUCAGCUCCCGUUAGCAGCGCAGCUCAGCCGAAUGCCGUUCCAGGCACCGCGCCCGCUGCCGACAAUGCGCUGCCUAAGAACCCGCUCGCCGAGGCCCCAGCUGACAAGCCGGCCGAAGCCACCUCUACCUCUGUCGCCGGCGCGGUCCCUCUCCCCUUAGCUCCUGAAACCACCAAGCAGGGAGAUGCUCCUGCCACUGAGGCCAGUGGCAAGACCGACGCCCCGGCAAGCAACAGCAACGGCGUCAAUGGAACCACAGCCGGGGCCAAGUUCGAGCCUGUGGUCCCAGAGGAGAAAAAGGCCGAUACCGCAGCUCCCGCCCCUGCUGUGGAGAACCCGGCCUCUUCUGCGGCAGUCCCAGGAGAAAGCGCUUCUGAGUCGACUGCUCCCGCCCAGACGCCCGUUAUGACUGGAGCACUUGGUGCCUCCGAGCCAAAGCCGGCCGAGGCAACCAACGACGACGGUGUCAAGGAUGCUACUGCAGCUCCCAAGCCCGCCGAGCUGAAUGGUGCCAACGAGAAGGAUGUCGACAAGGAUGUCGAGAUGAAGGACAGUGCCGCCGCAGCUCCAGCUCCUGCGAUUCCUGCAGCCUCAUCAGCGGCGCCAGCUGCCCCACAGAAAACGGCGCCAGCUCCCGCAGCCACGACUGACCCUGACUCCAACAUUGAGGCCAGCACCACCACCGCAGAGACCGGCGAGAAACGCAAGGUUGAGGCGACUGGCACCAAUGGGGCCACCGCGGCCGGGGAACCCGCCGAGAAGAAGCAGAAGCAGGGUGUGGUUGGCAAGGUCGUUGAGAAGGCCAAGGAAGUUGUCGAGGAGGUCAAGGAGAAGGCUGAAGGCGGCGCCAAGAAGGAAAACGGCCCGACUCGGAAGGCUAGCAAGAAAGGCAAGAAGGAGGCUGCGCCUCCGCCUGUAGGCCGCACGGCGCGCAAAACGAGGAGUCAGGGAAAUGCUGACUGA